AUGGACUCUUCCAGCGAACUUCAUGAGCUGGAAUCGAAACGGAACCAUUUGAAGAAGAAGAUUGAGAGCAUUUCGAGAGACAUAAUUCUAGUGAAAAAGGAGAAGCAAGAGGCAGAAUGUGAAAUUCGGAAAGCCAUGGGUAUGGAAAUGGUUUGCAAUGAUCUCCAGAAUGAAGUUCACAAGAUUGAGAACGAAUUGGUUUCCGCAUACGGAUUUCAUGGCCCAAAUUAUGUUGAUGAACUUCGAAAUAGAAUUUCCUCUGAAGAAAAAGAAAUGGAAGACUUGAAAAUUGAGCUACUUCGAGAGCGCUGUUUGAACGCUGAAAAGUUCGAAGAAGCUAAAUUUAAAAUGGAGAGGAAGCAAUCGGAAAAGGACGAAAUUGAGCUGCGUUUAAAAACCUUUUUGGAGAAACAUACUGGAACGUUUCUGUUGGCGUUUGGAGAGGUUGCUGUGGGACCGUGGAGUACUGAUGUAAAUAGAAAACUGAAGUCGGUAGAAGACUCAAAUGUCGCAGCUGAAAGUGAAUUGAAAAGGUAUGAAAGAGAUCUUGAUCGAGCAAAUCAAGUUAUCGAACAGUCAAAAGUGGAGGAGCAAAAGCUACUGAGCGAAGUAGAACAGCUGAAGGAGAAAAUAUCUGACCUGUGCAAUUGUUCUCCUCAUGAUGUAGUUGACAGUUUGUCGGAAACUCGUCAUCUACUGUCCAAAUCUCGUAAGGAACUAGCUUCACUGAGUACGAAAGCUUUACUAUAUGAGUCGUGGAGCGAGGAAACGAAGAAGCGGUUAUGUUGUCCAUUAUGUGAACGCCGUUUUUCAAAUAAGGGAGGAGCUGGCGAAUUAUCAGGAAAGCUGCUGGACAUGAGUUUAUCAAUGCCUCAUGACAUUGAACGGCUCGAGCGACAAGUACAAGAAGCAGAGGAGAAGGAACGUCGACUUGCUAACGCUUUAGUGUUUGUGGACCAGUGCAAGAAGAUUAUGGAAGAAAAAGUGAGAUUUGUCAGAAAGCGGAUCAGUGAUUAUAUGAACGAAGAGGCAACUCUGACUGAGAAAGUUCAACAACUGAGAGAGACGCACACGAAAGGAAUCUCUUUUUACAAGCAGUUAUUGGAAGUCAAGGCAGAUGUCUCGUUGAUGGAUUCCUUAUUAUCUUCACUUCGAACACUUACUAUUGAAUUGGAUAAACUGCGAGAAAACUUGAGUGAUCUUCCUCACAGUUUUCCAUUAUCUGAGUUGCACAGAGAUAUUGGUGACAAAGAGCUACACACAUUUAAAGAACGUCGUAUAUCAUUAGGAGAAUUUGCUGCUCAAUCUACUCAUAUUCAACAAUCGGUUGCUAAACACCGUGCUGAUAUUGCGAAACUGACCGAACGUCAUCGGGAAAUUGUAGAACAGGAUCUUCCGCGGGCUAGAAAUGUGCUUAAUCACUCUAAGCGGAGAAUUCUUGAAGAUCAGUUAACCCGUAAGCUGAUUGAGUCAAAAAUUGCAAAAACUGAACAAGAGCUUUCUGAAGUGGCAUGUAUUGGUAAUGACAAAGAAGGAUUUUACCGACAGCGAGAAAAGGCUAUCAAAGAGCGUGAUGAAUCCAGCUUAGAGAAAGCGCGGCUUACUGGUCAGCUAGAAGAAGUGGACAAGAAGAUUAACGAGGCAUCUUUGGCGCUAUCAAGCAAAGAAAUGAAGCAGGCAGAGGGUCUUUAUCACGAAGUCAUCAUUGAAAAAAUUGUCACGCAGGAGAUGAUUACUGAUUUGGAGAAAUACAUGCAGUGUCUUGACACUUGUAUCAUACAGUUUCAUACAGAAAAAAUGAUUGCUAUAAACAGGAUUUUGGAGGAUUUAUGGCGGAAAGUAUAUGAUGGUACCGAUAUUCAUAGCAUUAGUAUUAAGUCGGAAUGUGCAGCAUCCUCUGAGAAACGUAAAGUGUACGACUACAGAGUGGUCAUGGUAGUUAGAAAUAAUGUGGAGCUAGAUAUGAGGGACCGCUGCAGUGCUGGACAGAAAAUGCUAGCAUGUAUACUUAUUCGCUUGGCUUUGGCUGAUGUAUUUGGCGGAAUGUGUUCAAUAAUUGCAUUAGAUGAACCGACAACGAAUCUGGAUGCUCUUAAGGUGAUUUCAGGUGUUCUAGCUAAGCUGUUAAGCACAUGCAAGGCAUGGUUCCAUAUUUCAGUUAUAGGAGACCGGAUCUUUUCUAGUUCACACGAAUUUUAA